UCCGAAAUAGAAGCACAGAAAUCGAGUCAGACGGGAUUUUAACCAUAACAUUGUAAAAAUACAUUGUCUUACUGCGACAUUUAGUUAAGUUUAAUUUAUUAAGCCUAAUGGAAACGAACUUGAUAUGUUAUCGUGUCAUUUAAAUGCACAAAGUGAAGCUCGGCUAAUUUGACUAACUUAGCUAAAACUAGUAAAUAUGUGCUACAACAUAAUCAACAGCGUGAAGUAUAUUUAGCAGGUAGCAGGACCACCUCCCCCAACAGGUAACCUUAAGCUGCCAUAGUUGUGAAGAAGAAACCUGUGUCAAGUGUGCACCCCGGAAAAAUGAGUAUAAUGCGCCACCUGAUGAACUUUGGGGUCAAUCAUGCAGCACUGGCUUUUGCCAUGACUACUCUUGGGUCAGGCAUGAUUAACAAUAUUUUCAGCUUCUAUUAUGUCAAACUCUUCCUGAAUAAGUACAAGAUAUCUGAAGGAGCAUUUCAUCAAUCACAAGUGGUGUAUAUGGUGUGGAAUGCAGUCAAUGACCCUCUCUUCGGUUACCUGCAAGAUAACUCCAGGGUGCCCUGCUGCUCUCAGCGACGUCUCUCCAUCCUUUAUGGUGCUCCCCUCUACUCGCUGGCUUUUCUUCUAGCCUGGUUCCCAUGGCGGUCUUACGCUCCUGGCGACUGGUUGAGUGGCUUACACUUGACAGUGGCGCUGUGUGCUUUUGAUGGCAUGCUGACUUUUGUGCUACUGGCACAAUGUGCCUUGUUUGCAGAGAUUUCGAGCCAACACCAGAGCCGAUUAAGACUUAUAAAGUACAACCAGGUGGCUUCUCUUAUUGGCUCCUCCAGUGUCCUCUUCUGUGGAGUGCUGUCCAAGAACAUGGAAGACUUUACAGCUUUCCAGGCAUUCGCAGUGCUGAUUGCUUUUCUGAGCUGUGGCUGCAUGAUGUAUACAGGCUUCCACAGUGAGAGCCGCUUUGAUAAUAAAGUAUCUGAGUCAGAUAAAUCAGAUAUUCUGGGGUCUGUUACCCAGGCUCCCCAUCAAACAGCAUGUUCCUUCGCCAUGUUGAAGUCGCUGACAUGGCAGAUCCUGACCAAUAGGGACUUUCAGCUGUUUGUGCUCAUGAACUUCUUCCAGGUAUUCAUGUUGGCUUUCUUUAAUAAUUUUACCAUGAUAUUCACUGAGCACCUGAUUCCUGCUGACGUACUUCCAUCACUGGCCAAGAGCAUCAUGUAUGGAGCAGGAUUCAUCUGUCCACAGCUGUUAGUAUUGAGCAGUCAAAGUCUGCUGCAUGGUCUUGGCUAUUAUAAGAUAAUCCUCUACACCUUCUACCUUGAGGCAGGAAUGGCAGUGGUCAUGCUAACACUUGGUCCUCAGCACUACUAUAUCCUGGCAUUUUUCCUCACUAUUAACAUGAUUAUAAUACAAGCAGCUUUCAGUCUUUUUGGCUUACCUCUGGCUGAUAUAAUUGACACAGAUCUGCAGAAACACAAGCGCAGUUCCCCUCUUUCCUCCAUGGUGUUUGGAACAAAUGCUCUGUUCACUAAGCCAGCUCAGUCUCUGGCACCGAUGAUAGUGCUUAAUAUCCUGAACCAGUUUGGAUAUGAGCAGCUGAAGGAUGCAGGACAGGAUUCAAAUCCAAGCGCUUUAGAAAGCCUCCACAGCGUCAUGUUCUACUUGGUGUGUCUGGUGCCAGUGUGUGUUGCUGCGCUGCAGAUCCUGGCUUGGAGGCCGUUUUCCAUCCGCAACAGUCACACAGUUGAUACAAAGUACAUCGAUGCCUAAUUUCGGUAUUUUCUCAAAACAAGGUGAUUCUAUGUUUUGUUUAUUUUUUAAUUUGUGAUUUGGGGAAGUUUCUAUAGCAAUCACAUGAACAUAUUUUUAAAUUGACUGUUUGUAGCAGUCUAUGAAUAUAUACUGAAAAUGUGUGAUGAACAACUACUUUAAAUCAUUUUGGUAUGUUAGCUGAUUGGUGACAUCAAAGAAAUAAAAUCAGGGAUGUACAAUACUGUGCACAUGUAUUGAAACGCCUCAUUUCUUUAUAUCUUGCCAGUAAAGUUUGUUUCUAGGCCUGUAAUUUCCUCUUUUGUGCUCCGUUUGUUAGUUUCCUCAGAUGAUGUUGGAGAACACACUGCACACUGUGUUGAGACAUGCCAAAUUUUUUGCCAAUGGCUUAUUAUGAAUAAUCUUGUAGUUGC